CCAGCGGUUCGCACUGACUCUGCCCCGGCUGCGCAGAGAUUGGGAGCCGUGGCACGGGGGGCGGGCCUGGGCUCCCGUUUAAUCCCCGCUCCGUCGGGAUUAGGGCCGGAGGAGGCUCGGUAAUCUGCCGGCGGCUCGGCGCACACCCGGCGCCGUUGGCUGGGCUGGCAGCGAGGCGGCACUGAGGGGACGGGCAGGCCCUGCAGCUCCCACCCGGAGCCGGACCCCGCGUCUCGCCCAGCCUCGAGGAGCCCCGCGGUCACAUCCCUGCCACCCGCCAUGGAGGCCCCGGAGCUGCCUGUGCAGGCAGAGAUGGUGGAGUUGGUGCCCAACGGGAAGCACGCGGCCGUGCUCAGCACCACCGCCCUCCCCUCGCUGGCGGGUGACAGGUUUGAUGAGAACCAGUGCAGCGCGGAGAUGGAGGAGUUCCUGCCCCACGGCGCUGAGAAGAAGCAGACGCACUUCACCGACUUUGAAGGCAAGACGUCGUUUGGGAUGUCGGUCUUCAACCUGAGCAACGCCAUCAUGGGCAGCGGCAUCCUGGGGCUGGCGUACGCCAUGGCCAACACCGGCAUCGUCCUCUUCCUCUUCCUCCUGACGGCUGUGGCCCUGCUCUCCAGCUACUCCAUCCACCUCCUGCUGAAGUCCUCGGGCAUCGUGGGCAUCCGUGCCUAUGAGCAGUUGGGCUACCGAGCCUUCGGCACGCCGGGCAAGCUGGCUGCGGCCAUCGCCAUAACGCUGCAGAACAUCGGAGCUAUGUCCAGCUACCUGUACAUCGUCAAGUCCGAGGUGCCCCUCGUCAUCCAGACCUUCCUCAACCUGGAGGAGAAGACCGCGGACUGGUACCUGAACGGGAACUACCUGGUGAUCCUGGUCUCCGUCACCAUCAUCCUGCCCCUGGCCCUCAUGAAGCAGCUGGGCUACCUCGGCUACGCCAGCGGCUUCUCCCUCAGCUGCAUGGUCUUCUUCCUCAUCUCGGUCAUCUACAAGAAGUUUCAGAUCCCCUGCCCUCUCCCUGAGCAAGGGGGGAACGGCACGGGCGGCCUCAACUACACGGAAGCCAGUGGCAGUGGGCACUGGGAUGGCUCCGCGGGCCUGCAGCCCCCCGAACCGGGCGCCUGCACCCCCAGCUUCUUCACCCUCAACUCUCAGACGGCCUACACCAUCCCCAUCAUGGCCUUCGCCUUCGUGUGCCACCCCGAGGUGCUGCCCAUCUACACGGAGCUGAAGGACCCCUCCAAGAAGAAGAUGCAGUGCAUCUCCAACAUCUCCAUCGCCGUCAUGUACCUCAUGUACUUCCUGGCCGCCCUCUUUGGCUACCUCACGUUCUACGGGCGCGUGGAGUCGGAGCUGCUGCACACCUACAGCAGGGUGGACCCCUUCGACGUGCUGAUCCUCUGCGUGCGGGUGGCCGUGCUGACGGCCGUCACGCUCACCGUCCCCAUCGUCCUCUUCCCGGUGCGCCGGGCCAUCCAGCAGAUGCUAUUCCACGGCAAGAACUUCAGCUGGAUCCGCCACGUCGCCAUCGCUGUGGUCCUGCUGACCUUCAUCAACCUCCUGGUCAUUUUUGCCCCCUCUAUCCUUGGCAUCUUUGGCAUGAUCGGUGAGCAGCAGCGCUGGCACCCGGCCCGCCCACGUGCCCCCCGCCAGCAGCCCCCAGCCCUGUCCCUGUCACCCCGGGCUGCUCCCCAGGGCAGGGCAGGACCUGGCCAGGGCUGCAGGGCUCACCCUGCCCGCUCUGUUGCCGUCUGCCGCAGGUGCCACCUCUGCCCCCUGCCUCAUCUUCAUCUUCCCGGCCAUCUUUUACAUCCGCAUCAUGCCCAAGGACAAGGAGCCCCUGCGCUCCACCCCCAAAAUCCUGGCAGCCUGCUUUGCCCUCCUCGGGGUGCUCUUCAUGAUCAUGAGCCUGAGCUUCAUCAUCAUCGAUUGGGCCACGGGGGGGGGCAGGAGUGGCGGCAGCCACUAGCCACCCUGGCUGCCCACCCUGACCCCCCCAACCCUGCCAGGACCCCCCCGGGGCCCCCACCUUCGCCUCCUGCCCUUGCCCUUGGCUGGGGAUGGGGGCACGAGACACGGCCAGCAUAGGGGACCCCAGCCCGUGCCCGCACCUCCCUGCUCUGCGCCUCAGUUUCCCCAUCUGUGAAACGGGGAGAACAGCGCUUCCCUACCUCACCAGGGGACGGAGGGGUCAGGGGCCAGCCCGGCUCGUGGGCAGCCUCUUGUCCUCCGCUGGCACCAGAGCCCUGACGGCAGUGUCUGCGGGGCUGGUGGCCAGCCCUUGGCAGUGCCCGAGCCACCCGCCCUGCCCCCUGCUGUCCCCGUCCCCUGAGAGCCAGCUCCCCUUCGCCCCCCGUGGCACCCGGCACGCCGUGGCUGGCGGUGCCCAGCUCCUGAGCUCGCCGGGGGAUGGCUGGCUCCUGUCAGCCCAGGUACCCAGGGACUGUCCCUGUCACUUUGGGAAGGUGACACACACCGGGGGUGGCUGCCGCUGGCGUCUGUAGGUGCUGUGGCUUGGCCACGGGUAGCCGCCACGCUGGGGCCAUUUUGCCGCGCCCCGGGGCAGUGCUAGCACCCUGAGCCCCCCCGGGGUGCUGGCCGGGGUGCACGGGGCAGUGUGGCUUGGGGACGGCUCGGUGGGUGGGGGGGAAGCUUUGGAGCUGCUCUCCUGCACGCAUCCCCUGAUGCCAGGGUGAUGGGCACCGCCCAGCCUGCGCCCUUCUCCUGCCACCGGCCCAUCCGUCCGUCCGUCCGUCUGUCUGUCCGUCCGUGCCAUUGGGAUCGCCCAGCCAUGCCGAGGUGCAGGGAUGUCUCCCUCCGCGGUGGGCAGUGGGGACAUAGGCGGGCAGAGAGUGAGGCUGGGGGCUCGCCAAGUAAAUAAGAGACGUAUUUUUUUACGGGGGUGGUGGAGGCUGGGAUGCUUUUUAUAAAUACUGUAUAUAAGAGUAGAUCUUUUUUAACGUGUUGUGUGGCUCUCGGUAGCUCUGUGCCGUGUACGGGAUCGGGGUGGCUGGCAGGGCACCAGCCCCAGCACCCCUGCCCCUGCCCACCAUGCCGGGCUGCCCGGGGACGGCGCUUUUAAAUUAUAAGCGGGGGUUAGCGCUGUGCUGGAGGAGUGCGACCGAGGAAACCCGUGCGAGUAACAAUAAAGAGUAAAAGAAGGUG